GUCGACUCCGAUCACUACAUUCCCAGCAUGCAUCAUUCAAAAUGUCGCUGUCAUGUUGCUUUUGGGAGGCGCAUUUUGCAUGUUUAUCCAACCAAAGUAACGUUUAUGGGCUGACUUCUUUCCGUCUUCCUGAUGGAGGGAGUAAAGUACUUGUUGCACCUCUCAAAGAUAAUGUUUUGUGUCUGGAAUAUGUCAAAGAUAGGGGGAAUUUGAAGCCAGUUGCUAGAGAUGUGCAGUUCAUUUACAGUAAUCCAGAUGAUGCAGAGUUAGCGUCUAUCAGUGCUUUCACUAAGCAGCCUGAGUCAUCUGGUCUGGUGGUUGGUAUCACAUUCACCAAGGAUGACGGUAGCGAUAGUCCCAGUCAUUAUUUCAACAUCUAUUAUCCUUGGGAAAAAGACGCAGACUUCAACCUGGACAGAGACUCACAGUACUAUAACAUAGAGCAUCUGUUGGAUUUCAUUCCUUACUACUUAUGCCACACAGACAUCAUCCAAGAUGGACAGCGAGACACUGUCUUUCUACUGACAGGAGGCGACAGCAAAGUUCAUCUAUACAAAGAGGACAAGGAAUCAUCAAGUCGAUUCUCAGAGCAUCCCAUUGAGGACCUCUUCCCUGAGUUUGAAGACUUACCCAGCAUUGCUCUGUGGCUACACUGUCAACUGCUUCCAAACGACAUGCGUUUGACUGUCGUUGGCUGCCAGAAUGGCUACAUCCGAUUGUCACUGGUAUCCUGCCAUGCAGACUAUGCUGAGAUCUUAAAGACGUGGGAGAUACAACACGAUAGCGCCAUCACCUGUGUCAAACUCUUUAAGACUCACACCCCAGUCAAGACACCCUCCUUCCUACCUGUAGGAGAGGAGAAGAAUGGUGAUGGAUACGAUGGGAAUGGGACUCACAGCCCUGGGGAGGAGGAAUGGCACCUGCUGGUCACUAGUGCUCUGGAGGUGGCUGUAGUGUACAGGAAUGUUGUAUGUAACGGCCUACAGAGACAGUUAGUAUUACCAGACAGUGAUUGCUAUGACUGUACACUGUGUGCCUGUGUGGCUGAUGUAGACUGGGAUGCCCAGAAUGAGAUACUCAUAGGAACCUAUGGACAGGAGUUACUCUGCUACAAGUACUUCUCAACAGGGAACAAAAAAACAAAGAUGAAGGAAUCAGAGAAAGCUGAGAUCAGUGAAGGAAAGACGAAAGGGAAAGAGUCAGCCCCAGAGACCAGACUAGAGAUGGAAGACCAAGAAGGAACACAGGAAGACACAAUGGGAAGUACAGAAACAGAAGGCAGGGAACCAGACCUGGCAGAGUGCCAAGAAGAUGAUGUUGACUGUGAGGGUGGGGAGGAUUGUCCCGGGGAGUAUCGCCUAGUCUGGCAGCGUAGCUUUGCCCAUCCUCUAAUUGCCAUGAAGUACGUGGACUUGAUGUCCGAUGGAUUGUAUGAACUUAUCCUGCUGUCACUCAAAGGAGUUCAUAUUCUGCAGCAUGAUCUAGAAGAGGCAACUCAUAUCUGUGAGGAGAGACUUGGCACUGUGCCAACACCAUCCUCAUCAUCAGCAGAUGCAAGGUGACGAGAGGCAGUAGAUGAGGAGACAUAUUAAGUCUUACCUUGCUACGCAGGUUGACAGUGUAUGACAUUGCAGUAUUGUGCUCAUUCAAGAACUCUUUACGAGGCCAACAGGGAAACGUCAUCAGAACGGGAAGAAGUUGACGAUGACUUCUUGGUGGAAUUUAGCCUGUAGUAGUGGCCUGGAACAAAUCCUUUGUAUUUAGGUGAACAUUUCCAACUUUGGCAUAUUUUUGUGUCAUGCCUAUAAGUGCAAGACAUUUUUGGCAAAUUAUGACUUUAAAAAUGAUUGAAGAUGAGUUAUAUUAUUUGUCAAAGAUAAAUUUCACCAAUACUUGUUCCAAAGACGAAUGGGCAAUGAAUUUUGAGUUAAAAUUUCUAUGGAAAAAGAGAUAAGCACAAUGUUGACCAAUAUGUUUUGAGCUACAAAGUUUUUAUAUGUGAUAAAGGUUAUGUACUAUAAAAUA